AUGUUACAUCGCGAUUGGUGUCGAUCAGGAAUUUCCAGCUCGGACGGGGCUUCGGUGGAGAAAGACGUGCAAGGUUGCUGGGACCACUCCAGAGAAGCCAAUCGAGGUCAGAAGUGCUUCAAUGCCACACGACCCGACGAAGGAAUCUAUGAUAGAAGGGUUCCAGCUUCCUUUCAGAAGAAGAAGGAAGCGACCACAUGGUUGCACGGCAGGAAUUCGACGACCGCACCAAGAAAAAGGACUUGCGAGCGGCAACGCUUCGGCAGACCACUUUUCUGCUCGACGCACAAAGCUGACAAGACGACGUCGAAUCAUUGGCGUCGUUUACGGAAUAUGGUCUGCUCCUUCUGUUGA